AUGAGAAAGGCGGACCCUGUGCGGCCAAGGCUCCGACCAUCGGUUCCCCAGGCACAUUUUACAAAUGCUUACCUAAGUGCCUGUAGCCGCCGGAUCGGAAGAAUGUUAUUUCGCCGCUCCAGGCUCUCAGCUUCUGUAUUUGGUUUGGCUACUUCGGACUCUCCGCUGGAAAAUUCGUUUCUUCGCGUUAGACUGUUAAUUAUGGCGGAAGGUGAACAGGUUUCGACACCGCAGCCAACAUCCCAACAACAGCAACAGCAACAACAGAAUCUUCUGCAGGCUCAGAAGGUCUCGGAUAUCAUUCGUAGUUAUCGCCCUACGAAGGUAUUUCGUCCUCAAAAGCAGGACUCGUCUAAUUACAUAACGUCCUUGGACUUCGACGACCAGGGGGAAUAUCUGGUGGCUUCUGGUGAUGAUGAGAUUAUUCAGAUCUUUGAUGUAAAGGAGGGUAAAGCUACAAAGUCCGUUCCAAGCAAGAAGUACGGCGCCCAUUUAGCCAGGUUCACCCACCAUUCCCGUCAAGUCCUUCACGCGAGUACCAAAGUCGACGAUUCACUGCGAUUGCUAGAUCUCCACAGCGAAGGUUAUGUACGCUAUUUCUCAGGACAUACGGAUAAAGUGACUUGUUUGGCCCUCUCUCCGGGAAGCGACUCUUUCAUUUCAUGUUCCAAAGACGACACAGUUGCGCUUUGGGAUCUUGGCUCGAGGCAUGCUCAGGGAAAGUUGAAAUUGGCCACGCCGUAUCUUGUUGCGUUUGACCCAUCGGCAUCCGUCAUUGCGAUUGCGUCCCAGUCAACAUCGUCCGUCCUUCUCUACGACUUCCGCAAUUACGACAAAUCUCCCUUUUCCACCUUCGAUCUUGGACCUUACGAAGAAAGAUAUACCCCUUCAACCCGGGGACGGGCAUGGACUCGUCUCGAGUUUUCUAAUGAUGGAAAAUACCUUCUCGUGGGUACGGACUAUCAUGGCCAUUUUAUCUUGGAUGCCUUCGAAGGUAGCCUGAAAGCUUUCCUUGUCGGCAAGAAUGGGUCACCUGGUAGAGCUGCCCCAGUUUCAACUACAGGGAAGCCCCUGAGUCAAGGAGAUGCCUGUUUCACACCAGAUGGCCGGUACGUCUUGGGCGGCUCAGGAGACCACCAGGACCUUCUGGUGUGGGAUCUACAGCAAGCUCCAGAUGCCAAUAAUAUCUUGCAGCCAUUGACCAGGCUGCCACACCGUGGUCGCACCGCUUUAAUCGAGUACAACCCGAGAUAUAAUAUGAUUGCUUCUGCUGAUAAGGAUAUUGUUUUCUGGCUCCCGGAGGAUAGCUCUAAAGUGUCUGAGAAGUAG